CACCCAAAAGCCGCCAGCACAAAAUCCACAAACCGCCAACAGGUUUUUCAAUCCACCGGCUACAGCCCUCCAUUGAUAACCCAUACAAUUCCUCAAGACUCCCAUACACUGACAACGCUAUAAAUAUCUUCAAUUGAUUCGCUCACUUUCCAUUUUCAGCUAAAAGUCCAAAGACACUCAAAAUUUCUUCAAUCAAUCAUCGUUGUGAGGUCAAAUAUUGGGAUGGCUGACGUGGCAGCAAAGGCGCGGAAGAUCUUGGUGGCCGUUGAUGAGAGCGAGGAGAGCACCUACGCCCUUUCAUGGUGUAUAGAGAACAUAUUCACUGGAGGAAAUACCAAUGAUGCCCUUAUCCUCCUCUACUCCAUACCUCCUCGAGCUGUUUACUCUUCCUUGGACGGAACAGGUGAGAAAGACAACCCUGAAGGGUAUUUGUUUUCAUCUGAUAUAUUGGCGACGAUGGAGAGGUACAGUAAUGAUGUAGCACAGUGUGUUAUGGAGAAGGCGAAACGACUUUGCAAGGACUUGGAUGGGGUUAAGGUGGAGACGAUAGUGGAGCGCGGUGAUGCAAGGGACGUGAUUUGUCAGGCGGCGGAAAGGUUACAUGUCGACAUGCUCGUCAUGGGAAGCCAUGGCUAUGGUGUCAUCAAGAGGGCAUUUCUUGGGAGUGUGAGCAACCACUGUGCACAGAAUGUCAAGUGUCCAGUUUUAAUAGUGAAAAAGCCAAAAACCAAUGGCAGCAGCAAAUAGAUUUUGUACGUUAUUGAAUUUGUUUGUGUAAUGUAAAUAAGCAGGGUUCUGUGAUUUUGUUGUAGUUUUUCUUUUUCUUGUUUACCUUGAUUUAUGUACUUUUGGAUUAAACUUGCAGAAUGAUUGUAUGAUUGCUUUUCAAAUUUAUUUGCCUUUUGUUCGGGCAACCAUUUUUGCAUGA